AUGGUCUAUAAUGUUUUAGGGGAUUACAGCAAACUCGCUGUAGAAGUUAAAAAAGAUAAUCAAUAUUAUAUUGGUAUCGAUAUUGGUGGCACCAAUACAAGAGUAGUUUAUGCUACUGCCAAAGGUGAUUAUUAUACCAUCAAGGAAUUUUUAUGCAGCAGUGUUAAAGUUCUUCUUGAAGAAUUAUUCAUUAUUCAAGAUACCCUUUUAACUGAAUUUGUAGAACCAACCUUUACUACUAUUGAUCUUGCCGGUCCACAUCUUUCAAAAAAUAAAUACAAAUUUACCAAUUAUGUCGAAUCAGAUAAUAUCCUUUUAACUGAAUAUUUACCAAAGAAACUUUGUCCAGAAGGUCGUUACGCAAUUUUAAAUGAUCUCGAAAGUGGUUCCUAUGGUAUUAUUCCAUAUAUUAUUUCUGGUAAAUCAGAAGAAAUCUUUUUAAAUUUAAUUACUCCAGAAGAAGCUAAAGAAAUCCCAACAAAUGGUGUUUUUGUUGUUUUAGCUGCUGGUACAGGUUUGGGUGUUGGUUUAAUCCAUAAAUAUGGUGAAGAAUAUAGAGUUAUCCCAUCAGAAUUUGGUCAUAUUAGUAUUUGCUCAGAUGACGGUGAUUGUGAACAAGAACUUUUUGCCAAAUUAUCAGAAAAUAUUAAAAAUACUGAACCAUCAAGAAAAAAUUAUUGUUUAGAAUAUGAAGAUAUUGUUAGUGGUCGUGGUAUUCAAGCUUUAUAUAUGAUCAAUAAGAAUCAAAAUGAACCAGCUAGAGACAAUGCUGAAAUUGCCACUCAAGCUACAAAUGCCCCAGCAAAUUUAGAUUGCACCUGUGUUAAAACUAUGAAAAUCCAUUAUAAAUAUCUUUUAAGAUGUGCCAGAGAAAUUAGUGUUGGUACAUUUGCCACCGGUGUUUAUUUAAUUGGUGACAAUAUUGUUAGAAAUAAAAACUUUGUUGAUUCAGUUAAAAAUCAAUUAGAGUUUGAAUUUAAAGAUCAUCCAAAGAUUGAAUGGCUUCGUCAUAUUCCAGUAUUUGGUCAAUCUGCUCUCAAAAAUUUAAAUUUAAUUGGUACAGUUUAUUAUGGUAUUAAUGCUGCCAAGAAGUUACCAUCUUUAUAACCAACCAAAUAAAAUAAUUAUAAUAAAAUAGUAACCUUUCAAUUUACAGAU